CUCAAACGCUUCUGCAGCUUGGUUUUGUUGAGCUUUACGCGGAGAAAAGUUAAAAUCACCAUGCUGAAGGCCGGAGAAGGACAGAGGAAAGAAGGAAAGGAGGGCGAAGAAGAAAGGCUGCGGAGCGGCGGAAGUACUACAGCACAGCCGCCAGGUGGCAGCAGAGAGUCAGACAGGUUUGGAGAGGAGGCGCGUGAAGAUCUACAUCUGGAUUUAAAGGACAGUGGAGCUCAAGCUGAAGGUUUACCUGAGACUUUGGAAGCGGCUCAGAAUGAUUUUCCUAAUGAUCUUGAGGAGCAUGAAGAGAAAACAAACAUGAAAAACUCAGCGGCUGUUGGUGAGAUGGUGGAGAAGCAGCACAGCCUGAUGGAGCUGGGUGUCCAGCCUCACAGCUCCACCCAGAUGGAGGGGAGCUCUUCUGAACCAAACCUCCACCAGCUCCCCCUUCUCUGUCUGGAGCAGGAAGACAUGUCAGACUUCAUUACUGUACAAGUCCAAAACGGUAUGGCAAAAGAAGGGAUGUUUAAGGAGGUGAUGGUGGAGAUCGAGUGCUCCAAACUGAAGAAGCCCUUCCUAGGGGGCUACAGGCACCGCUUGACGGGGGUGGAGUACCACCAUGCGAGCGUCCAGACUCUGCCCAAAAGGAGACCUGACAGGGGCGUGCCGGUCUGCAUCCAGAGCACACAGACAGUGGACCUGCGGUCGACGCUCCAGCAGUGCCCAGUGGACGCGUCCACUCAGAUGACCGGCAUUGGCUGCUAUGUGUCCUGUCUGAGGGACAAGUUGAUCAUUCCUGGGAAAUACACCACUGCUGCCGAGUAUCAUGGCCGGAGGCUGGAAGCUGUCAUCUGCCUGCAGUCACAUGUUCGGCGCUGGCUGGCCCAGGAGAAGGUGGAGCAGAUGAGGAAGGAGCGGCUCCGCCGCCUGGCCUGGUUCCAGCUGCAGGAGAAAAACCAUAAAGAGGAGCAGCUGAGGCGCAGGCUGAACCCACAGAGCCGGCAGGACUAUGAUCUGCUCUACAGCGCCCUGGAGAAGUGGAGGGCAGAGGCGGAGCAGCAGAUAAAGUCCACCCUGCGAGGAGCUGAGAGGAAGGUCGCACUGUGCUCGUUGCUGGAGACAGAGACUCAACUCAUCGCCGCCAUCGGCCGCCAUCACAUCGGCACCGCCGCUAGCAACCAUGACAGGAUGAUUAAGGACUUCUUGAGUCAGUGCUCCGCUCCUCAUCAGUGGCGAUCAGCCGGCGGCCAUCUGCUUCAGAUGGACACACCCCAUGACAUCAGAGCCAGGGAGCUGAGUGAGCUCUACCAGGAGCUCAGUCUGUUCAAUGCAGACAGGCAGCACAGACGAGACCUCCUCCAGAAGAUUAGAAACACUGUUGAGGAGCACAAGUGUCCGCUGGUGCGGGAGAUCAUUGAUCUGAUCGACAGGGAGAUGGACCUGAUGAGGAGAAAUGUUAAGGAGCGUAAUCUGGAGGGACUGAGGAAGAGGAUCUGCACUCUGUUCCUGCAGUACAUCAAAACGCCGGCGUUUAACCCCAAAGUGGCCAAACUGCUGAAGGUUCACAAGAAGCCGUCUGAGCUGCGGCAGGACAUGGUCUUCUGCCUCAGCUGUCGCCGCUACCUUUGCUCUGCUGACUUUGGGUCAGGUGGCGGUGGCCGCCGGACGGGCCGCUGCCAGAACUGCACUAGUCUACAGAACGCUGCCGGAUCCCGCCAUGAAGACUCUGCAUACAGAAACAUCCUGAGGAAGCUAAGAGCCGACGAGGCCAGACUGAAAGCAGAAGGCAGCCUCCCCUUCCUGCUACAGGUGGAAGACAUCCGCUACCUGACAGAAAAGGUUUGGGGCUCCCGCUCAGCUCUUAGCGGCAGUGAAGACGUCUUCAGCCUGGUGUUUGCUCGCUGGCAGCGUCAGAAGGACUGGAGUCCCUGGAACUGCAUCCUGUUGUCCAAAGACGAGAGCUCACUUCACUGGCAGAUCGAAGACAUCCACCAGGUGUAUGAAACUACGUUUAUCCAGCAGAUUGAACAGAAACACCUGUGGGCCAAGCUGCACUUCAGCAAGAACCCAGCUAUGGCAAAAUACCUGGCCGUCUAGCCAGCGGCUGCCCUGGAAGCUAGCUCUUCUGCUGGACUGCUGACAUGCCCUUGAGCAAUGGGAACCCUGAACAGCCCCACAUCAGGUCAAUCAGACCAAAUUAACAUCAAACUCUAACAGUUGCUCACCAAGUUUCCAAGAAGUAAAGCUGGAGCAGUUUAUCCAAUGCCAUCACUAAGG